AUGCCCAACAUUGAAACUAGAGAUGGCACUGAACUAUGGCCACCCGGCACCGUUUAUCUCGAGAAGGCGAAUGCCACUGGCAGAGGCAAGGGCAAAAUCGUCCUUCAACCACGGCCAUCCCGCGAUGUGAACGAUCCUCUCAACUGGUCAACACGACGAAAAUACUGGAAUUUUGCGCUGGUCUGCUUUUACGUCUCCAUGGUAGCAGAAUGCAUCAAUGCACCAACGCCUACAUGGGGCCCAAUGAACAAGGAGCUUGGAUUCAGUUACGAGAUCCUAAACGACAGUUAUGCUGCCGGAUGUGCAGCUCUUGGGGUCGGGUCUAUAUUCAUGAUACCCUUCGCCCUGAAUUAUGGACGUCGCCCGUUAUAUAUUAUUACAGCCGCCAUCCAAUGUGGUGUCAGUGUUUGGUCUGCGAAAUUGCAAACGCCGGCGGAUAUUAUAGCGUUCAACGUGGUCCAGUGUUUCGUUGCCAGUCUUGCUGAGGCAAUCGUUCAGAUGACAAUUGCCGACGUCUUCUUCCUACAUCAGCGAGGGCGCAUGAAUGCCAUUUAUGUAUGGACAUGGCUACUGGCUAGUAACCUGGGGACACUGAUUGCUGGCUUCAUCACUGCGGCUCAGGGGUGGAGAUGGAUUUGGUGGUGGAACAGCGUUGUGUUUGGGUUCUCAAUCUUACUGUUCUACUUUGGGUAUGAAGAAACCAGAUUCGUUCCUCCCGCUGUGGCCUCCGUCGAUCCGGUCCUGGCGGAUUCAGUCGACAAAACUGAUGUUGGAGAGGAUGCCAAGACAUCAUCGGCGGGUACAAAGUUCGUUAUUAACGGAAAGGAUGAGGCUCCAGAGGGGACAUCAUCGGACUUUCUAGGAGACCUAGAGUCUUCUAACCAUGCGAGCCCACAAACCGACUUUGACCCCGCCAUUCCAAAGAAAACCUAUUGGCAGAAGCUAUCCAUCAUUGAUCGUGCCUCAGUUUCCUCGUCAAUUUCUGUUUCUGUCAUCAUUCAACAGAUGUUGCAGCCGUUUGCCAUAUUAUUUACGAUACCAGCAGUUGGUCACGUUGCACUUGUCUAUGGGAUCCUGGUUGGAUUGGGUGACGUCAUGUCGACUACAAUGUCAUCAUUUCUACCGGAACCUCCCUACAACUGGUCCUCGGACAGCAUAGGGCUGAUGAGCGUCCCAAAAAUGAUAGGAGUCACUCUCGGUGCCGUGGUUGUUGGGCCUCUCAGUGAUUGGUGGAUCAUCUACAAAUCUCGUCGCAACGACGGUGUAUAUCACCCAGAGAUGCGAUUGUGGUGUGUCAUUCCAUUCUUGUUGUUUGUCCCCGCCGGAGCGCUUCUGUUCGGAAUCGGUCUCUCCGAGCACCUUUCAUGGCUCUCGAUCGCGGUUGGGCUAGGCCUCUACAAUUUCGGCAUCGCACCGAUCAAUAGUAUUGCGAUUACAUAUCUUACUGACUCCUAUAAAGAUAUUAUUGGCCCGGCGCUGGUAAGCGUCACUGUCAUUCGAAAUGUUUUUAGCACAAGCUUUAUCUUUGCCCUGGACCCAUGGGAGGCCAAGAUCGGACUGAAAUAUGUCCUUGUCACUAUUCUUCUUAUAGUCUGUGUUAUUCUUUCUGGGUUUGGUGCCUUUAUUCGUUAUGGGAGGAAGUUUCGCGAGAAAACAGUUACUCGCUAUGAAUAUUAUGCGAAGAAUAAUUCCCAUGGUAAGGAAAGGCGCUCUUAG